AUGUCACCAUAUUCUAUGAAAUCCGUGCAGCUGGCGGACGACACACGAGCGUUUGCUCUGCAACCACUUGGAUUUGCAAUAUUAAUACCGCCGAUGACGACCCUUCGGAACCAUCCUGCUGAGGAGAAACGCGGAAGGGUGGAGGACGCCCACAGCUGCUUGCUCGAUGGCCGUUUCGGCAGGCCCGUCUCUCCACGGUAUGACCACGUCUAUCAUUCUUCGUAACGGCGGCAGACGACGCAAAAGGCGCACUAUACUCCAAUGCGGAGCACUGGAGGCCAUCACAGCGAUGCAUCGGUCCAGGGCAAGACCUCUGGGCCUCGAAUCAGCUGCGGAACAGCAUGACGCCCGCAACGCAGCCUAUUUGAACAAGACAUGACGACGCCUCCUGUCUGCGAACGCCUUGUCCUCUCGCUGCGACUACCAUGUUGGCCCGCAGCCUCGUCGCGCUGCUCAGCAGUGCCCUUGUCGUAGCCGCCGUGCCCGGCGGACAGCCAUUCCAUCCGUAUGAAGACUACGAUAAUCAUGGGCAUGCCCAGUGGGUCGCCGGGCUCUUCGACAGCCAGCACCCCGGCAUGCCGAAGAUGCCUGGCCUGCCCGUACCGCCGGGCCAUACGCCGCACCCUCCCCAUCAUGCACCUCCCAAGGUGGAAGACAAGACCAUCUACCAGGCCCUCGAGGAUGACGAGAGGUUCUCCCGCCUCCACAAGGUGGUAAAGUUCUCAGAAGAGAUCACUUCUCUGUUGAAUGACUCCUCUCAGAGUCUAACCUUCUUCGCCAUACCCGAUCGCGCUUUGAAGCAGCCGAAGCAUCGCCAUGGCAAGCAUAAGCAUCAAAAGAACACAGAGUUCGAUGAAAUUGGCGUCGAAGCGUUCUUCAGCGGCGCUAUCACGGCUGAGGCCGCCGACGAGCUCGAAUUGUUUGCCGCCCUUGAGGGGUUCGUCAACGACCAGCUUCUCGAGAUUGACGAGGACGAUGAUGAGGAUAAGGAACGCAAGAAAAAGGUUAUCAAGAAGAUUAUCACCGCCGUUCUCAAGUAUCAUAUCCUGCCCGGAGAGUUUGUUGCCCAUGACCUCGCGAAGAACCUUACGCACCCGACGGCGCUGACGCUCAGUGACGGUUCAUUCCACGGCGAGCCUUUGCGUCUGCGCGUGGAACAGCCGCCACGUCUUGUGAAGCCGACUCUGACCCUGAAUUUCUAUUCCAAGGUCGUGUAUGCAGACGUCAAAACUAAAAAUGGGCUGGUUCAUGUUUUGACUCAUCCUCUGUUCCCGCCUCCGUCCACCUUCACCACACUUUUUGCUUUCUCCGACGUGUUUUCCACCUUGACAUCUGCUAUCCAACGUGUCGAGUUCACUGACGCUGUUGACUGGCAUUGGGUCAAAGAGUCGAAGACUUUGGAAGGCAGUCCCGCCAUAACGUUCUUCGCUCCAACCAAUAAGGCUUUCCAUCGCUUGCCGAGACGGCUCAAGUUUUACCUCUUCUCGCCGUUUGGUCAGCGAGCACUGAAGAAAAUUCUGUCCUUCCACACUGUGCCUGAGUUCAUCUUGCAUAGUAAUUGGGUGCACAACGCCUCUGAUGAAGAUGUGGCAAUCCGAAGCGACAGCGUUCGGCUCGAGGAAGACGAGUACGAACAGAUCCCGUCCGCUUUCGAUAACGAAGACUUUGGCCUGCAGUUAGAGCAACUUCCUUAUCCUAUGGGACAUGGAGCUGUGCGGAAUCCCUUCUACAGGCCUGAGGAAGGACCUAUCAACAUCGGACGAGACUCGGUGAAGAACGUCGAUGGGGAGUGGCAAUGGCGCGAGGAGCGUCUCAGUUCUGGCCAGCUGUGCACUAUUCCUACGCUCCUGCCUGGUGGCUUGAAGAGCCAAAUGUGCAAGAUGGAUCUUGGAAAAUGCGGUUGCAGGGUCUUGCCUGGUAUCCGCCCGCCACAAUGCUGUAACCCCGUCUCGCAUCCUCCGCAUCCUCCACCCCACCACGGGCCCUUCCCGCACCCGAAGCCCGUCUUCUCUGCCAACAUCACUCUACCGACGCUGCUCCCCAACCACACGCUCUCUGUGCAUGUCAGGCAAAUUCAUUCGAUCUUGCCUCACCGCGGAUACACCACUCUCGUCUUCGUCAACGGUAUAUUCGCUGUGUCUGAUGUUCCUGCGCGCAACGGUGCAGUACACGUCGUAGACAGACUGAUUAGUCCCCGCAGGCACUCGUCCCACGGUGCGUUGAGCGAUGAUGGCGAAGAUUUCGACUCCUGGGAGAAGCAGGUUGAGCGUGAUGAUCAAGAUUGGGAGGAGUGGGAAGAGUGGUUGCCUCGAUGGGCUGCGGAAGAUUGAGAAGAUGUCGUGCGAAGCGUAGCAGUCACGUCAUACCGAAGGUUUGUAAGUCAAUGUUUUGUUUCAGCCCGUGAUAAGUGUCAAACGAGCAAAUGCUCAUGUACCGAGAUGGAACCUGUGGAUAAAUGUAUAAUGUAUUCUCUGAGAUUGUUGAGCCUGCUUUC